AAUUUCACAAAUUGAAAAGAAAAAGAAAGGAAGCAAGAAAGGUUUGUCCAGGGAUUACAGCAAAAUCACACCUCUCGACACUGUUCCGAUUCUUCUUCUUGGCCGGAGUUGACAGCGGAAACUUUAAUCUUCUUCUCCCACACUCAGCACAAUCAGAGAAGGUCUUCCUGGCUUCUGCAUGGAUUUUAUGGAUUUUCUGCACGGAUCGGGAUAGGAUUUCCUGGUGCUUUAAUCAGUUGGGAGAUGUUUUCCAAAUGAAAUCAUCAUCUUCAAGACAGCGACCAUUCAAGUACAUGAUGUUUAGGCAUAGCUGAACGAUCACCAUGCCUCGUAAGGUAAAUUAUGGAGUUAAUUACGAGGAAGAUUUUGAUGACUAUGAAGAUUAUGGUUAUGACUGUGAUGAUGGGUGCGGUUAUGCAGAGGAAGAUGGUACGCCACCAGAAACAAGGUCAAAACAGGAGUUGGAUAACGCUGGCGUUUGGCGUUGUCCCAUUUGCACUUUUGAUAAUGAAGAUACUAUGAAUGCAUGUGAUAUAUGUGGAGUGCUUCGUCAUCCAUUGGUCAAAAAUUGUGCCGGCAGCAAAGAAAAUGCAGUUGGUGGCAUAUGUAAAGAUUCUGGAGCAUCUGUAAUGGCGAAGUCUCUGUUUGCAUCGCUGCUGCUUCAGAAACCAAAAAAGGCUGUAAAUUUUGAAGCACAGAAUUACUCUUUUAAGACUGAAGACUGCUUUAACCUCUACAAGCCUGGAAAUAUGUGUGGACAUUUUCAUGAUUUACACACAGCUUUUUGCUCUCAAAGCCAUUGCAAGAUUGAUAUAGUACCUUUCAAGUUUGACCCCCAGUCUCCAGAUGAUUCAGUACUGAGUGGAAUAAUACCAUCCAGAUUACGUCCCAAAGCUGAUACUGACAAGGUCUUACAGUUAAAUGUCCCAUCAAAUAACAAACAACUAAGUACUGAAGUUAAAAAAGAUUUGGCUGCUGAAGGGCAUCCAAGCUCAUACACAUCAUUAGCAAAAGAUGAUUUGAAGGAUAGUGAUUCUUCCUCGAAAACUAGGGGAAAUGAUGGUGUUACAAGCAACUUGAAUGAUAUGUCUAUAUCAUCAAAGCCUCGCAGUGUGGAUACUAGAAAGAGUGACAGUGCAACAUCAAGCUCAAAGAAUAAGCCUCAGAAAGGUGUACAGCCUCCUCAAAAAGAAGAUAACUUCAACCAGUUAAAUCUUGCAAUUGUUGGCCAUGUGGAUUCUGGGAAGUCAACACUGUCAGGAAGGUUGCUACACCUUUUGGGGCGGAUUUCCCAGAAAGAAAUGCACAAAUAUGAAAAAGAGGCCAAGCUACGAGGAAAAGGGCCGUUUGCUUAUGCUUGGGCAUUGGAUGAGAGUGCUGAAGAAAGAGAGAGGGGAAUAACUAUGACAGUGGGCGUUGCUUACUUUAACACAAAAUGUUACCGUGUUGUUCUGCUUGAUUCUCCAGGUCACAGGGACUUUGUCCCAAAUAUGAUAUCAGGGGCAACACAAGCAGAUGCAGCAAUUCUUGUAAUUGAUGCUUCAGUAGGUGCAUUUGAAGCAGGUAUUGAUGCUACUGGAGGUCAGACGAGGGAGCAUGCACAACUUAUCAAAAGCUUUGGGGUGGAUCAGAUUAUAAUUGCUGUUAACAAAAUGGACGCAGCGGGAUACUCCAAAGAACGAUUUAAUGCAAUUAAGAAACAAUUAGGCACAUUUCUCCGUGCUUGUAAGUUUAAAGAUUCUUCAGUAGCAUGGAUUCCCGUAAGUGCCAUGGAAAACCAAAAUUUGGUGACAGGUCCAUCAGAAGCACGGUUGUCAUCCUGGUUCCAAGGUCCUUGCCUAUUGGAUGCAAUAGACUCUCUCCAACUUCCUCAAAGAGAUUAUUCGAAGCCAUUCUUAUUGCCGAUAUGUGAUGUUGUAAGGGCACAGUCUCAAGGACAAGUGUCAAUAUGCGGUAAGUUGGAGAGGGGAGCUCUUCAAACUGGAAAUGAGGUCCAGGUUUUACUUAUGCCAUCAAGAGAAAUGGCAACGGUGCGUUCUUUGGAACGUGAUUCUCAGGUUUGUAACAGUGCAAAAGCAGGAGACAGUGUCACUAUCAACCUACAAGGUAUUGAUGCAAAUCACGUGAUGGCGGGGGGUGUCUUGUGCCACCCUGAAUUUCCUGUUCCAGUUGCAAAUCAUUUGGAACUGAAGGUUCUCAUCCUGGACAAUUCCAUUCCAAUUUUAAUUGGCUCUCAGUUGGAGUUUCUUGUACACCACGUUAAAGAGGCUGCACGAGUUGUGAGGAUUUUGUCAUUGAUUGAUCCAAAGACCGGAAAGGAGACCAAGAAAUCACCUCGAUGUCUUCUGGCAAAGCAGAAUGCUAUCAUUGAGGUGGUUUUGCAAGGAAUGGUUUGCAUCGACGAGCAUUCUAAUUGUAAAGCUCUCGGAAGGGUCUCCCUCAGGUCAUCUGGAAGAACCGUUGCUCUUGGUCUGGUGACUAGAAUUAUAGUGAAGAAGGAAUAAAGAAACUUCCAGUACCAGAAUGAGAGCUUGUAAAUCCUUUCUCUUUGGGGCUGGUCAAUCUUUACAUGUACAUUACGGUUAUUCUAAUAGGAUUCCUUUUCUUGUUCUUUAAUCGAACUCUAAUUUUAUUUAGUUUCUUUCUUAAUGUGUUUAUGUAUAAUUUACUCGGAAAAGUGUAAACGCAUUGAUUGUGAAAGGGACAACUUUGAUUC